AUGUGCCGCUCGCCGCUCCUCUAUGCGUGCGGCGACGUCAUAUCCAGACACUUCCUCCGUCCCGGCGUCAGAAUCCUCCCAGAAGAGCUCAGGACAUGUUGCCCCUUAUAUUCGCGGACCAUAGACUCGCACUCCGUCCCCGAGGUCGGCCGACCCCUGUUCCCGUCUAUAAUAGAAAACUGGGAAAUAAUUUACCAACAGCUGCAAAUAUUAGACGGCCAAGCUAUACCGCGUCGUCGGUAUCUUCCCUGGAAUGAAGCCCACCCGGGGGCCGAGUUAAUCUACCACCACGACAACGAAGAUCCAUACGCGCCCCCGAACGUCAUCCCGACCGAAGGAGAACUCCACAUGAACAUCCCAAAUAUCCCCGAAGGGCGACGCGAUCAUUGGGUCAAGCGCCCCAAGCAUCAUGACUUCCACUUCAGGGCAUGCCCCGAAGACAGUUUCCAGGGGGGAGAUGUUUUUGUCUUCACCAAAUCGCUCGUCAUCGUAGCCCUGGAAAACGAGUGGCCCGCGAUAGUCGACGCGCAGAUCGGCGAGCUGAAGAACAGGUUCGAUACUUUCCGUCGGCGCUGGCCCAACGAAAUCAUGCCUGUAAGCGAUGCCGCCUUCGGAAUGAUCACGGAGGCGUACGCGAAGCUGAAGCUCAAAUAUCUCAUGUUCAGGCGCCAGCACGAGGGGUUCAUCGAACUGGGCCCCGUGGCGUUGAGAUACCGGGACGCUGCCGAGCACGAGUUGCAGGCUAGGCUGGAUGACUUCUGGCAGAGAUUCGAGUGGAUUCGUAGGGAGGUGGACGAGGGGUACGCGCGCACAACUUCUUAG